AUGAAAUCGAUGCUGUUAGCACUGAAUUCAGUUGAGACUCCAGUCGGGUAUGCAUGGCUCAGUUUAUUCAAAAACGAUCGUUUGGUUAUCGAACGAGACGAGCAAGAGGUCAGCUUGCCGAUAGCUGUUGAUUUACCAUCUGGUUAUAUAAAUUAUCAAUCUUUCGGCCUUGGCAAAGAUCACGCUGGUCCUGAAAUUCGAUGGGUUGACAGUGGUAAACAUUUAUUUCGUGUUCGUUUACGAUUGAUCUCAUCCAUUUUCACAUCCGAACCUCGAAUUCAAGCGUUCUUUCAAAGCUGUCAAAAACUUCAACGGAUUGGUUUAUUGGGCGAUGCAGCAGAGAAGACGAGUGUAUGUUUUUGA